UCUCAAACAGUAUGAACUUUGGACUAUGAGGGAGCCUCGACCCCUCCUGCUGCUGCUCUUGGGGGCCCUGACCCUGACCCAGACCUGGGCGGGCCCCCACUCCCUGCGGUAUUUCCAAACCGCCGUGUUCCGGCCCGGCCACGAGGAGCCCCGCGUCAUCAUUGUUGGCUAUGUGGACGACACGCAGUUCGUGUGCUUCGACAGCGACUCGGCGAGUUCGAGGAUGGAGCCGCGAGCGCCGUGGGUGGAGCACGAGGGACCCGAGUACUGGGAGGAGGAGACGCGGGUCGCCAAGAUCAAUGCGAAGAAUUACCGAGUGAGCCUGAGCAACCUGCUCGGCUACUACAACCAGAGCGACGUGGACUCUCACACCCUCCAGAGCUUGUACGGCUGCGACGUGGGGUCCAACGGGCGCCUCCUGCGCGGGUACUACCAAUCCGCCUACGACGGCGCCGACUACCUCGCCCUGAACGAGGACCUGCGCUCCUGGACGGCGGCGGAGGGCACGCAGGCUUGGCGAACCCAGCAAAAGUGGGAGCAGGCGGGUCAGGCUGAGCACUGGAGUAGCUAUGUGGAGGACACAUGCGUGCAGGAGCUCCGCAGAUACCUGGAGAACGGGAAGGACGCGCUGCUGCGCCCAGAAGCCCCCAGAAGACACAUAACCCACCACCCCUUCUCUGACCAUGAGGUCAUCCUAAAGUGCUGGGCCCUGGGCUUCUACCCUGCCGAGAUCACCAUGACCUGGCAGCGUGAUGGGGAGGACCUGACCCAGGACACAGAGCUGAUGGAUACAAGGCCUUCAGGGGAUGGAACCUUCCAGAAGUGGGCGGCUGUGGUGGUUCCUUCUGGAGAGGAGCAGAGAUACACGUGCCGUGUGCAGCACCAGGGGCUGCCAGAGCCUGUCACCCUGAGAUGGGCACCCCCUUCUCAGUUCACCAUCCUCAUUGUGGGCAUCAUUGUUGGCCUGGCUCUCUUCGAGGCUGUGGUCAUUGGAGCUAUAGUGGCAUUUGUGAUCAACAGGAAGAAGCGCUUAGGUGAGAAAGAAAAACAGUACAUUCAGGCUGCAAAUCGACAGUUCCCAGGGCUCUGAGGAGUCUCUCAUGAACCCUAGAGAGCGAGACAGCUGCCCCUCUGGGUUUCCUCACAUCUCAGUGUUGUGACUCAAGAACAGCUGAUUCUCUUUCUGCCACGGGAUCUGUACAUGACUGUGUCUUCACAUACUGUGAGGGGGGCAGCUAGUCACCCCUGCCCACCGGGCCUUCCCCAAACUGACCUGUGUUCUCUUCCCUGAUGCUAUUGGCUGUGCCAGCAGAGACAGGACUCAGCUGUCUCCCUCUGUGUUAGCUUCUUGUUUUCCUGAAAAAGUUUCUCCCUUACUGAAAUCAGCAUCUGAUUUGCAUUUUUCUAAUCCCUGUUUUGUAGGAUUGAGGGGUUAAUAAAGGAAAUCCCUGAAAUUUGAGAAGGAACAAAUAAAAAUCCUGAGACCUUU